UCUUUAAGUAUUUUAAACUGCUCUAAUUCUAUCUCUUCCUUGAAUUUCAAGAAGGUUAAAUUCUUAAUUCUCUCUUAGAUAUUUAGACUUUUAAUUUCUAAUACUCUUGUUUUCUUAGCAUAGUACCUUGCUUAUAGUGAAUAUAUAUGGAAUAAAUUAUAAUUUAUAAAUGACUUCUACCAUAAUGAAUAGAAAGCACAAUUUAAGUGUGCUUGAAUUGAAUCAUCUACCAGUUUGAUGUGCCAUUUUCUCUAUGUACUGUCUGUAGGUAAGACAGGCAUACAAAGAGGUCAAAAUGCAAGGAAGCAGGGAGUGAUGGUCUUUACCAUAGUAAACCAUACUACACAAGAUGGGUAAAAUCCUAAGAUAAAGGCAAAGAGACUUGUAGAAUUUUAAUUAUGAGAAUUCUAAUCCUUUAAAAACUAAUACUGUGUAAAUUUUGAUGAAUUGUUUUGUUUUUCUAAUAUAAUGCUUCUCAAUGCUAGGAGUGUAGUCCAAAAAAGGACCAGAAAACUCCCGCGUCCUCGGUGGCCUCAGUUGGUGGUCCUUCAGCGAGCUCUAGCACAUCGGCCCUGGCCUCUACCAGUUCUGGCUCCACGCCAGUGCAGGAGACCAUCUGCCUUGAUGACUCACUAGAUGAAGAACUUUCCUUUCAUCCACCUGCACUGGAUCUUGUUUCUGAAGCUUUAGCUGUUAUCAACAAUGGGAACAAGGGCCCUCCAGCUGGCUCAAGGAUAAGUAUGCCAACUGCAAAACCUCGUCCAGGACUGAGAGAAGAAAAAUUAGCAAGUAUCAUGAGUAAACUGCCACUGGCUACACCCAAAAAGCUAGAUUCUACUCAGACUGCACAUUCAUCAAGUCUUAUUGCUGGCCACACAGGGCCAGUACCAAAGAAACCCCAGGAUUUAGCUCAUACUGGCAUCUCUUCAGGCCUUAUUGCUGGUUCUUCAAUUCAGAACCCGAAAGUUUCCUUAGAACCUUUGCCAGCCAGGCUGCUUCAGCAAGGACUACAGAGGUCAAGCCAGAUUCAUGCUUCUUCCUCUUCGCAGACCCACAUCUCCUCCUCUUCCCAAGCCCAAGUUGCUGCCUCUUCUCAUACUCUGGGAACAUCAGAGGCCCAAGACGCUUCUCCGUUAACACAAGUAACAAAGGUGCACCAGCAUUCAGCUGUCCAGCAGAACUAUGUGUCUCCAUUACAAGCGACUAUUAGUAAAUCACAGACCAACCCAGUGGUGAAGUUAAGUAAUAAUCCCCAGCUUUCCUGUUCAUCCCCACUUACUAAGACUUCAGACAAGCCACUUAUGUACCGCCUUCCCUUAUCUACACCCCCACCUGGAAAUGGUUCUCAAGGGUCCCACUCCCUGGUUUCUAGGACAGUACCUAGCACCACUACCUCCACUAACUAUUUAGCCAAGGCAAUGGUGUCACAAAUCUCCACGCAGGGUUUCAAGUCCCCCUUCUCAAUGGCUGCAUCCCCAAAACUUGCCUCAUCUCCAAAACCUGCCACAUCUCCUAAACCCUUGCCCUCACCUAAGCCUUCUGCCUCACCCAAGCCCUCUCAGUCAGCUAAGCCUUCAGUAUCAACUAAACUUAUUUCUAAAUCCAACCCAACUCCCAAACCUACUGUAUCCCCAAAUUCUUCGAGUCCAAAUGCACUAGUGGCCCAGAGUAGCCACUCGAGCAGUCACAACCCAGUCCAUAAACAGCCCAGUGGAAUGAACAUCAGCAGACAGUCUCCCACCUUGAAUUUAUUGCCCUUGAAUCGCACUUCAGGCCUUCCGUCUACGAAAAAUCUUCAGGCCCCUUCAAAGCUGACCAACUCAGCGUCCACUGGAACUGUUGGGAAGAACAGCUUGAGUGGAAUUGCAGUGAAUGUACCUGCCAGCAGAGGUAGCAGCCUCAACUCGAGCGGAGCGAGUAGGACUAGUCUGUCUGGGGGAGCAGGAAGUGGAACACAGGGUGCUACUAAACCGCUGUCUACUCCACACAGACCGUCCUCUGCCUCAGGGUCUUCAGCGGCGACAGCCAGUGUGCAGUCCACAGCAGGAGCAUCAUUAUUGGCUAAUGCCUCACCUCUGACUCUCAUGACAUCACCUUUGUCUGUAACAAAUCAAAAUGUGACUCCUUUUGGGAUGCUGGGUGGCCUUGUUCCAGUGACCAUGCCCUUCCAGUUUCCCUUGGAGCUACUUGGCUUUGGAACGGACACAGCUGGAGUGACAACCACCUCGGGAUCUACCUCAGCCGCUUUCCACCAUAGCCUAACUCAGAAUUUACUAAAGGGUUUACAGCCAGGAGCUCAGCACGCAGCAGCGCUUUCCCACUCACCUCUGCCUGCACAUGUACAGCAAACGUUUAAUGAUGGAGGCCAAAGUAAAGGGGACACUAAGUUACCACGGAAAUCUCAGUGACUUCCCAGCAAGCAAAGGAGACGACACACUUGGCUGGCUGCUGGAACCUACCUGAUGGGAAAGUACUCGUGUGGUCAUAGGGCUGCUGUUCUGUCGAUGUUUACAUUCUCUCGUCCCAAGCACUGUGGUGAGGAGGAGAAAGAAAAGAAAACAUUACUUGAGUAAAGCCAGGUGCAGGAGGAAGAAAUGCUUUUGUGCAAAGUUAAGUGUGACCUUUGGUCUCUUCUAAAGAAAGACAAAGUUACCAUAUUAACUGACUUGAAAGAGACUCAGUUGUCAAACCCACAGAAAUACAAAUUUGAUUUUUCCCUGGGCAGGAAGAAGGAAAUUGAGGAUUUGGGUAAACUCCAUCCAUCCUGGGGGUUGGAUCUGAACACUUGUAGACAUAGUUGCAUAAUAAAAGGCAGUAUACCCCAAAUUAGGCCAGUUUGUCAGGAGUAGUGGUCAUGUCUGAGUGGACUAUGCAACAAAUUUUCCACAAAAAAAAUUUAAUGGCCCUAUGUCUGAUGCAGACAGUAGCUGAGUAUAAAUUAUGUACCCUCAAAAAUCCUGAACAAACUUGAAUCUUCUCCAGUGUGUAGCAACUCCUGUGUAAAUCAGUGGACUAAAGAUGCUUCAGGAAAGUUAUUUUAGCACAGUGAUAUAUAUUACAUUUUUUUAAGUCAAAAAAUUGAGGCUGUUGCUCAUAACAGAUGAAACUUAGAUGUCCCCUUUUUGUAAAAGGGUCAAUUACAUCUUCCAUUCAGAAGCAGGUACUUAACUCUCUUCUUCAGGUGAUUUGUGCAUCUGGUGUUGACUGGUUAAUUCUUAUUUCCAUUCUUGAUGUUAAAAUGUGACUUGUGUUCACAUUUUCCUCUUGAGAAAUGGGGAUCUUUGUUGUAGGACUGCAGCUUUGGUCCACUUAGCCUUUGCAGGCCUGCCAGUAUGAAUUGUCAAUUUCCCCCAACAUCACUUUAGUUCACAACCUCUCUUUCUGUUUUUUUUGCUAGUGGUAUUUUAGGUGAUUAUUAACUAUUGAUAUAAACAGGUAUAAGUGUGUAUUGGAGUGCUUCUUCAUUGGUCAUUCAAACGGCAUAUGUGUAUUUGGGGGGAAUUUUGAAGAUGGUAUUUUAAAGGGAGGAAUUAAAUUAGGAUCAUUGUGUACAGGGGAUUAUUUUUAUAACUGUGUAUUUUUACUCCCUAUAUCCACUAUAGUGAAACUGAUUUGGAGCAUUUGAAAUGUUAAAGUUUUACUAAUACUUAGAGUAUUGAUAUAUGAGUAAACCUGCAGAUAAUAAGACUCCGUUACUAGAGCUUCCUCAUGCAAAUUGCAUGUUCAACAAAGGAUGUUAAGGGAGAAAUUUAUAGUGUUUGGAUACAUUUUGUUGACUUUUUUCACCACAUCAUUGUUCUAGUCUUUUUCUUCCUGUUUAGGCUUCUGAAUGUUUUCCAACUGUUCACAAGUAUGGUGUAAGCUUGGUCCAUUAAUAAUGCCAGACACCUAAAAAAAUUGCACCAGAUUGGUAGUAGCAAGAUUUCUUAAAUAUGUUUUCAUUACAAGUCACGCAAUACCAUUAAUAUUUAUCCAGAUAAGGGUAUUAAUCAGGCCCUUUUUUCCUUUCAAAAGUAAAAGUUCCAGAUAGGCUUUAGGACUGUGAAUAAAUUAACACAGAAUACUUUAGAUCUGUAAGCCCAUAUUUUGACUUCAGAGUCACAUUGGCUUACUUUACAGCGGGAAAAAAAAAAGUUAAUAACUGAAAACUUUAGUUCCAAGGACUUGUUACAAUAAGGGGAAAGGGUUAUUUCAAAGGAAUCAUUGAUAUAAUUACUUGCCUCUCAGAAUUUAACAGUAAAGCAAAUAAGAAUGUUCUGUCAACCCUGGUAGAUAUUUGGAAGGAUGCUGGGAUGUUGCAGAUAUGUUUGACUUGAAUGGAGAAUGUUUGAUUAAAGUUUGUUCGGUUUUUUUAACCUAGGGAAGCUUACCCAGUUCUUGAGUUUUUCCAUUGUAGCAUACCUCUUGCUUUUAUCUAAUUUAGAGGGAAAAAAGUCAGCUAAUCUUCAAGAAUUUUCCUUUGAGAAGCCACCUUCAUUUUACUUCCCCGAACAAGGAGAGAACACAAUGCAGAUUCAUCUCUCUUCUGGUGGAGAGUGGUGCAUGUGUUCAUCUGUGUGUGUACUUUUGUACACAUAUAUUUGUUGAUAGAUGAGUUCAGUGUUAGUUUAAGGUGAGGAAUGACAACUUUAAUUUGUUAAACCCAUCAACUCUGAAAUCACACUGUCAGGCGAGUGUAUGCUCCUUGGUUCUUUGUCUCGUCACAACAAAGAUUUGGAGUGACGACACCAUCCGAAGA